AACGAUGGAACAACAAACAAUUAAGCACGUUGCCACAGUGCGAAUAUUGCUGCUCGGCGAUGCAGGUGUGGGUAAGUCGCGACUCACAGAUCUGUUGGCCAGAAGCGAGGAUACACCAACACCAUCAACGCGUAGUGUCGGUGAUGUCUGGUGGAAUGUUCAGGUGCGUCUGCACGAAUAUCCCAGCAAUAUGUUAAUAGGGAUUCCCCCAACGCCCGACUGGACAUCGUCAUCAUCGCCGAGCACAUCGACGCACAGCUCCGCCCCCGAUCAGUUCCCUCCACCCAACACCUGCAAGAUGAUACCCUAUUUUGUAGAAUUCUACGAUCUUAAGAGCUCUUUGCGUUUACCGCGCGAACAUAGAAAUCGUCUAUAUCGUCAUAUUGAUGGCAUUAUCUUAGUAUAUGAUCUUUUAGAUAUGCGAACACAUGACAAUUUGCAUGAUUGGCUUUAUCAGCCAUUGCGACAGAUCUGUCGUUAUCGCCAUAAGCGAUUGCGACCUAUAUUAAAGCGUCGUCAUGUUCCCAUUCUUGUGGUGGGCACCAAAUUGGAUCUCUUAAAUUCAAGACGUUUAAGCGGCACGGGAAAAAUCGCCACACAACUCGGAACCGAUGAGAUACUUUUAAAUUGUCUUGAUUUAAAUUCCUUUAACGAGAAGAGCCGCAACGAGAUGAAACUAAGAAAAUUCCUCAAUAAUGUCGUCGAUUUCAAGCAAUAUUUUCCAAUCAGGCGCUCUUAAAUUUACAUUAUUUAUAUUGUAUAUUCUGUUUUAUAUAAGUUGUUUUAAUAUUGUUUUAUUUCUCUAAAUCUUUUUUGUUAUAUCAUUUAGUUGUUGUUUAGUUGUGUCCUUUAAGGACAUUUGUUGUAUAUUAUGGAGUGACAUAUCGCGAAUGUUUUUAGAUCUUGGCUCAAACGACUAAUAAUUAAUUGUAAGCAAAAACUAAUG